AUGGUUUCACCGUUUCGAAUUGGGAAAACAGUGAAUGCAAGAAGGCUCUCCGUAAACGAUUCAUUUCGAGAUGUUGAAAAUAAUAUUAGGAGAGCAGUUGCUAAAUUAAACGACUUAUGGGACCAAAUACAUAUGUCCGAAUCGGCGAGAGUAGCACGGGUCGGCGUAGCCUUCGGACACAUCGUCAAGUUGCUCAACGAUAUGGUAGAAUCGGAGGAAGGGAUGGUCGUUAGCGUAGCUGCGGACAUUGAGAAUGGGCUCAAGAGAAUAGAGAAAAUACGAUCUCAGUUAGGAAUGGAGCCAUGGGAGAAUAAAAACGCUCCUCCUGGCUCAGUAGAGCUUCUUAAGUCUGUGGAUAAUGAGUUAAUCAAGUUGAAACCCUUGUACGAAGCUCGCCGAUGUGAACAAGCUGAACUCAUAGAACAGGUGUAUCAGUUAUCACUACGUAUCGGAAUCGAGGACGACAACGCAACAAGAAGAGAUGACAAUGAUUUGCUUCCCGCAGAGAAAAUCCGCGCUCUGGAGGCUCGGCGGCUUCGAUUUGAAGACAUCCUUCAGAAAAGAGUUCGUCAAGCUGAGAAAUGGCAGAAGUCCAUGCAGAAAUUUGCGAAAGUACUCGGAAACAACAUUGAUUCUCACGAUGAAAAUCUGCAAGUUAUUCUUAAUGUCGACGUUACGAAAGAAGAAGUCUGUCUCUCCGAAAACAUGAUGAAUUCUAUUGAAGGAUAUUAUAGCCAGUUAAACGACAUGUACCGUGAGUAUAUUCAAGAGAAAGAGUUUCGCUGGACAGAACUGCACUCACGCUUAUCCGAGCUGUGGGAGCUUUGUCAUGUGGCGGAUAUCGAAAGAUUAGUUCCAGCAUCUUAUGAUCCAGACAGUCACACCGAAAAAGACUUCGAUAAUAUGUCGACGGAGAUUUCUCGGCUAGAGUGCUUGUACGAAGCCAGAAAGGAAGUCUGUGAUAUACUUACAAAGUGGAAACUAAAAUGGGCUGAAAAGAUGGCCAUUGAGGACAAGAAGAAGAGCGCCGAGUAUUUCCAAAAUCGUGGAAGAGAGAACAAUGUAUUUCUGGAUGCGAAGAUUGAGCGCACCCUUAACGAAUUUACGUUGCCGAAACUGUUGAAGUCUUUAAUUGCUGCAUAUGAUGAUUAUCGUGAAAACCAUCCUGAUGACGAAAUAAGGGUGGAAGGCUUCACACCACCUGACUAUGUCAAAUGGGUUAUAGACGAGUACAAUGCUAGUAAAGACGUCGAGCGUAAGACUAGACAAAUGCAACGAAAUCUGACAUCGACAAGUGCGCUAAGAACUCCGCAAUCAGGUAGAGGGAAGUUACCACCUAGGCCGGUGAGCUCGUCCAAGCUUGAGCCCCUACGAAAGCGUCUUCGCUAUGACUCUCACUCCACGUUGAGCCCAUGCUUCAAUUCAACUACAGCAUCUAUUCCAAGUAUGAUAACGCCUACAAAACGAAUCAAGGGAGGUCCAAAGCACUCAUCGCCAAAGCAUUCCGCUUCGAAGACCAGUGAGAGCAGAAUCUCCUCAACAAUAUUAACCAAGAUGAGGAAAGGCGGAACGAAACGCAAGCGCGAUGACGACGAUGGCGAUGUAUCGAUGCAUGGAGAUGACGAUGACAGUCGCAGUGGCGUUGCCGUAAAAGUUGAACCUCCCAAAGGCCGCGAGAAAGAUCCUGAAUUCUCUGCACCGAAAGGUCAGAAGCUAACCGAUUUGGACGACGAAUCGCAUCAUGGUGGAGGGAAGGAGAGCGAAGGUAAUGUAAUCGAACAAACCCACUACAUUGUGGUUCCUUCGUAUGCUUCCUGGUUCGACUACAACGCAGUGCAUCAAAUUGAAAAGCGAGCUGUGCCGGAGUUCUUCAACGGUCGUAACAAAAGCAAAACGCCGGAAGUGUAUUUGUCUUAUCGAAAUUUCAUGGUUGACACAUAUCGACUCAACCCCUUUGAAUAUCUUUCUGCAACAGCAUGUCGAAGAAAUCUCGCUGGCGAUGUAUGCUCCAUCGUCAGGGUACACUCGUUUCUAGAGCAGUGGGGUCUGAUCAACUACCAGGUAGACUCAGACGCUCGUCCUGCUCCAAUUGCUCCUCCAGCCACCAGUCAUUUUAUGGUUUUGGCAGAUACACCCACUGGUGUUCAACCAAUCUGUCCUGUAGUGUCGAAUUUCACUCAGGAGAAGAAGGAGGGAGAAGAGGUUGAAAAAACGCCUAUAGAUAAGCUGCAAAAUGUUGGGCUCAAGACUGAUCAGUACCAGAAACAACUUGCUGCAAUGAAGACAAAAGGGGCAGCUCCAGGACGUGACUGGACCGAUCAAGAAACGCUUUUGCUACUUGAAGGAUUGGAAAUGUUCAAGGACGAUUGGAACAAAGUUUCUGAUCACGUAGGUUCACGAACUCAGGAUGAGUGCAUCCUACGAUUCUUGCAAUUGCCGAUCCAAGAUCCUUAUCUCGGCUCAGAUGAUGCUAAUGGACCAGGAUGUGGCGACUCCAUUUUAGGGCCCUUGGCCUUCCAACCUGUUCCGUUCUCGCAAUCUGGAAACCCGGUGAUGUCUACGGUCGCGUUUUUAGCUUCCGUUGUGGAUCCAAAGGUUGCUCAAGCAGCCACUAAAGCAGCGAUUGAGGAAUUCGCGAAAAUAAAGGAUGAGGUUCCCGCUCUUGUGUUGGAAGCGCAUGCCAGAAACGUUCAAGCUCAUGAGGAGAAGACUGGAGUACUUGAUGGGACCGUCGGACUUGCUAAGUCCGGAAUUGCAACAGACGAUAAGAAAGAAAAAGAGGAAGGCGAGAAAAUGGAAACCGAUGAAACAUCGAAGAAGGCGGACGAUGCUGCAGUGGAACAUAGUGCGAAAGUUGCUGUUAGCGAAAGCGUUCAAGCUGCAGCCGCCGCCGCCCUGGCUGCUGCUGCUGUUAAAGCCAAACAUCUGGCAACUAUCGAGGAGCGGCGAAUAAAAUCGCUGGUAGCUCAGCUUGUCGAAACUCAGAUGAAGAAACUGGAAAUGAAGUUGCGACAUUUUGACGAACUAGAACAGAUUAUGGAUAAGGAAAGAGAAGCUUUGGAGUAUCAGCGUCAACAGUUGAUACUGGAAAGGCAAGCCUUCCACAUGGACCAGUUGAGAUAUCUGGAACAACGUGCUAAACAUGAGGCGCAUAGCAAAAUGGUUGCUGCAGGCCAGCUACCUGCAUCAUUACCACCUGGGUUCGAAGUAAGCGGUCCUCCUCAGCCUACUCCACAGGUACAAGUCGCCAUUCCGCCGACACAGGAAGCGAGUGUUGAAAAGUCGACUGAAGCUCCAGCGGAGGCUACUGCUGUUGCAGCUAGAGCUUCAACACCUAGUCAACCCCUUGCAGUCCAACAACAGCAGCCUGCAGCUCCUGCAGCAGCUCAACCUCCUCCACAAAGCUAUCCUCCCGCUCCACCGGCUGCACAACAACCAGGAUACCCUCCACCUCAAGCCUAUCCUCCUCAAGCCUACACUCAACAAACCCAACCCCAGGGUGCGUAUCAAGGAUAUCCUCCACAACAAGGACAUCCGGGGUACCCGCCGCAACAGGGUGGAGCCCCAGGUUACUACGGGCAACCACGUCCAGGAGCAUACCCACCACAACCGCAACCAGGUGGUUAUCCACCACAACAGCGUCCCCCAUAUCAAAGCCAACCACCCGCAGGAUAUAGCGCUCAACCGCAGCGCCCUGGCGCUUAUCCAGGUUACCCUCCGCAGGGACACCCUGCCUAUCCCCCGCAGCAGUACGGACAGCCACCGGCAGGUUACCCUCCACAACCACAAGCAGCGCAACCCCCACAGCUUGACAUGGCAGAUGCUGCCACUCCACCUAUGCAUCAAGGCCAACCUGGUGAAGUUAAGCCACAAGAGUAA